UGCCGAGGCGAUGGAGCAAACACACACAGUGAGCACGUGACCGUACAUGCUCUGCAUUGUCCUGUGUGCCCCGGGGAGCUGUGCAUGCUACAUGAAGGAAGGGCAACAGUUCCACUUGUUCUGGGCUUCUGCUUUCCUACAGCAAUGAAUUAGCUGGCUGUACAUGUAUUGAUUGUCCUCACAGAAUGGAGACCCUGAGAUCUGAGCCUCUGCCCCGGAGACAAGAAGGCGACAUCCUAUAUGCAGUCUCCCAGUUACCGGGCUUCCCCAAGAAGGAAGAAGGUGAAAAAUUUGAAUUUGCAGGCUAUAAUCACUCUGAGUUAGUCGAGAUUGCAGAACAUUACUUAAAAGAGAGAAUUCAAGAAGGGGAUAAAGAGAAAACUUUCCUUCUUGGUCAACUCUAUUUUGAAGAGGGGUGGUAUGAAGACGCACUACUGCAGUUUCAUAAAGUCAAAGAUGAUGACUACCAAGCUUUGUAUCAGGCUGGAGUGAUGUAUUAUGAUGGUCUAGGAAUUCAAGAAGAUCAGAAAAAAGGCAUGGAGUACAUGAAAAUAAUUGUCAACUCAAACAGCUUGCAAGCAGAACACCUGAAAUAUGUAGCGGCAUACAAUCUGGGACUUGCGUGUUUUGAAGGCUGUGGGAUUCGUCACUCCGAUGAAGAAGCAGAGAGGUGGUGGCUUCUGGCAGCUGACAACGGGAAUCCUAAAGCCAGUGUGAAGGCUCAGAGUACACUAGGAAUGUUUUAUUCACGACCUCAAAGCAUGAAUCUGAAAAAGGCUUUCUUCUGGCAUUCGGAAGCUUGUGGCAAUGGCAGUGUGGAGUCACAGGGAGCUCUUGGUGUGAUGUAUCUGUAUGGACAGGGAAUACAAAGAAAUUUGCAGUUUGCUCUGGAAUGUCUGAAGGAAGCAGCUGAGCGUGGAAAUGUAUACGCACAGGGGCAUCUGGUCACAUUCUACUAUCACAGGAAGCUGUACAGGACGGCGGCUGAGUUAGCUCAAAGUAUUGCUCAUUAUGACAACAUUGACUUGUUGGCAAAGGCUACAGAUUGCCUUCCUACAUAUACCGCCAGAGGAAUUGCCAUAGCCAACUUCUAUCUGGCCAGAUGCCUCCAUCUUGGUUUAGGCCUAAACCCGGACAUCGCAGCUGCUAAAAAAUGUUAUUCUAAGGCAUACCUACUGGACGCAGAUGUGACUGCUGAUCUGCAGUGUGAAGUCAUUUCUGGAAAGAUCUGAAGCCGCUUCUCCGGUAUCACAUCACAUUGAUGUGUCUGGUUUUAUACCAUUUCCAAUAAAUUCUCAGUAACAAUUCUUCCCACAUUGUAUAUAAUUUGCAUUAGUCUCACAGUAAAGUCUAAACACAAAAUAUGA